AUGUUCGCUAAGGGCGUUGCUAUAACAACCGUAGCUAUAACAACCGUGGCUACGACAACCGUAGCUAUGACAACCGUGGCUAUGACAAUGAUAUUCAUAAUAAUCUAUGGAGUUACUAUGGCGACGUUACUAUGGCGACGUUACUAUGACAACCGUAUUCAUCAUCAUCUUGCUAUAAUAAAUGUUGUUAUUAUAAUAAUGUUACUAUAUAAAAAGGAUGUGAGUACUAAGAAGAUCAGUAUAAGGAUGUUACUAUGA